AUGAAGUUGAACAUUAGCAACCCGGCCACCGGUGCCCAGAAGCUGAUCGAGGUUGAGGAUGAGCGCAAGCUGAGCAUCUUUAUGGAUCGUCGGAUGGGAGCUGAGCUUUCGGCAGACGUUCUCGGCGACGAGUGGAAGGGCUACGUUGUCCGCAUCACCGGUGGCAACGACAAGCAGGGAUUCCCCAUGAAGCAGGGCGUCCUCCAGCCCUCGCGUGUGCGCCUGCUGCUGUCUGACGGCCACUCGUGCUACCGCAUCCGCCGGUCUGGCGAGCGCAAGCGCAAGUCCGUCCGCGGCUGCAUUGUCGGCUCCGACCUGUCCGUCCUGGCCCUGGCCAUCGUCAAGCAGGGCGAGGCCGACAUCCCCGGCCUGACCGACGUCGUCCACCCCAAGCGCCUGGGCCCCAAGCGUGCCCGCAAGAUCCAGAAGUUCUUCGGCCUCACCAAGGAGGACGAUGUCCGGAAAUACGUCAUUCGCCGCGAGGUCCAGCCCAAGGGCGAGGGCAAGAAGGCCUACACCAAGGCCCCCAAGAUCCAGCGCCUCAUCACUCCCCAGCGUCUGCAGCACAAGCGCCACCUGAUCGCCCUCAAGCGCCGCCAGCAGGAGAAGGUCAAGGACGAGGCGAACGAGUACGCCCAGAUCCUGGCCAAGCGUGUGCACGAGGCAAAGGCCCAGAAGGCCGAUCUGCGCAAGCGGCGCGCAAGCUCCCACAAGUAG